AUGGAGCACAUCCGCACGCCCAAGGUUGAAAAUGUCCGCUUGGUAGAUCGAGUAUCUCCUAAAAAAGCAGCCCUGGGUACUUUGUAUUUGACGGCUACUCACGUCAUAUUCGUGGAAAAUACACCUGACACGAGAAAAGAGACGUGGAUUCUUCAUAGUCAGAUUUCCACCAUCGAAAAACAGGCAACAACUGCGACUGGAUGCCCCCUGCUCAUUCGCUGCAAGAACUUUCAGAUAAUACAACUCAUCAUACCUCAGGAAAGGGAUUGCCAUGAUGUGUAUAUCUCCCUGAUACGCCUCGCAAGGCCAGUGAAAUAUGAGGAGUUAUAUUGCUUUUCCUUCAACCCCAUGCUGGAUAAAGAAGAAAGAGAGCAAGGCUGGCUGCUGAUCGAUCUUAGUGAAGAAUACAAGCGAAUGGGCCUCCCCAAUAAUUACUGGCAGCUCAGCGAUGUGAACAGAGACUACAGAGUUUGUGACUCUUAUCCUACUGAACUGUACGUUCCCAAAUCGGCCACGGCACACAUCAUAGUGGGCAGUUCCAAGUUCCGGAGUAGACGGCGAUUUCCUGCCCUUUCUUACUACUAUAAAGGGAACCACGCCUCCAUUUGCCGGAGCAGCCAGCCCCUGUCCGGUUUCAGCGCCCGGUGCCUGGAGGAUGAGCAGAUGCUCCAGGCCAUCAGGAAAGCCAAUCCAGGAAGCGACUUCAUUUACGUCGUUGACACUCGGCCUAAACUUAAUGCAAUGGCAAAUCGUGCUGCAGGGAAAGGCUAUGAGAAUGAAGACAAUUAUUCCAAUAUCAAGUUUCAGUUUAUCGGGAUAGAGAACAUCCAUGUCAUGAGGAACAGUCUGCAGAAAAUGCUGGAAGUGUGUGAACUUAAAUCUCCCUCCAUGAGUGACUUCCUGUGGGGACUGGAGAACUCUGGCUGGUUAAGGCACAUUAAGGCCAUCAUGGAUGCAGGAAUCUUCAUUGCAAAGGCGGUUUCGGAGGAAGGGGCAAGCGUGCUGGUUCACUGUUCUGACGGCUGGGACAGGACGGCCCAGGUGUGCUCCGUGGCGAGCCUCCUGCUGGAUCCGCACUACCGGACCCUGCGGGGCUUCAUGGUAUUAAUUGAAAAGGAUUGGAUUUCCUUUGGUCAUAAGUUUAAUCACAGAAUUCAAGAAAGAACAUACUCAUUAUGGGCUCAUCUGUGGAAGAAUCGGGCUGACUACUUGAAUCCUCUGUUUAGAGCUGAUCACAGCCAGACCCAGGGAAGCCUUCAUCUUCCCACAACACCAUGCAACUUCAUGUACAAGUUUUGGAGUGGCAUGUAUAACCGCUUUGAAAAGGGGAUGCAGCCCCGACAGUCAGUUACAGAUUACCUUAUGGCAGUGAAGGAGGAGACGCAGCAGCUGGAGGAGGAGCUGGAGGCCCUGGAAGAAAGGCUGGAAAAAAUUCAGAGAGUCCAGUUAGAUGACACUAAAGUGAAGAGUAAGCAAAGUGAACCCAGCAGACACUCAGGGUUUUCUACCUCAGACAACAGCACAGCCAACACUCCCCAGGAUUACAGCGGGAACAUGAAGUCGUUUCCGUCCAGGAGCCCUUCACAAGGUGACGAGGAUUCCGCUCUGAUUCUAACCCAAGACAAUUUGAAAAGCUCGGAUCCAGAUCUGUCAGCCAACAGUGACCAAGAGUCCGGGGUGGAGGAUUUGAGCUGUCGGUCUCCAAGUGGUGGCGAGCAUGCGCCGAGUGAGGACAGUGGCAAGGACCGGGAUUCCGACGAAGCUGUGUUUCUCACUGCUUGAAGUUUCCCUUUGGAGUUCCAAAGUAAAGGACACGCAAGAAACACUUCCAAAAAUAAGGGAACAGUGCAAUUUAAAAUUUAAAAAACAAAACAAAAACACCUCAAGAAAUGGUACAUGUCAUUGAGAAUUAUAAAAUGCAGCUAUGAAAAGGGAAAAAAUGUCUUAGUUUCUUUAGAUAUUGAAGGACAGGAAGUAGCCAUUUCUUUUAUCAAAUAUAAGGAAAAUUAUUCACCAUUUUGAAACUCA